GCCGCCAUGGCGGGCGCCCAGGGCUUCCAGUACCGGGCGCUGUACCCGUUCCGCCGGGAGCGGCCCGAGGACCUGGAGCUGCUGCCCGGCGACGUGCUGGUGGUCAGCCGCGCGGCGCUGCAGGCGCUCGGGGUGGCGGAGGGCGGCGAGCGCCGGCCGCAGGCCGUGGGCUGGAUGCCCGGCCUCAACGAGCGCACCCGGCAGCGCGGCGACUUCCCGGGCACCUACGUGGAGUUCCUGGGGCCCGUGCCCGUGGCCAGGCCCGGCCCCCGGCCUCGGGGCCCCCGGCCGCUGCCCGCCAGGCCCCGCGAUGGACCCCUUGAGCCAGGCCCCGUGCUCCCGGACCUGCCGGAACAGUUCUGCCCUCCGGACGCAGCGCCCCCCAUUCUGCUGAAGCUGGCGGAGGCCUUGGAGCGGACAGAGCUGGACUGCGAAGCCUACUGCCGGCCCGAGCCGCCGGCCCCCAGGACAGACUGGGCGCUGGCCGACCUGGAGCAGUGGGACGCGGCCGCGCUGUGCGACGCCGUCAAGGGCUUCCUGCUGGCCCUGCCCGCACCGCUGGUGACCCCGGAGGCGGCGGCCGAGGCGCACCGGGCCCUGCGGGAGGCCGCGGGGCCCGUGGGGCCCGUGCUGGAGCCGCCCACGCUGCCCCUGCACCGCGCGCUCACGCUGCGCUUCCUGCUGCAGCACCUGAGCCGCAUCGCCGGCCACGCGCCCGCGCCCGGCCCCGCCCUGCGCGCGCUGGGCGCCUCCUUCGGGCCUCUGCUGCUGGGCUUGCCUCCACCCUCCUCGGCGGGAGGCGUGUCCGAAGGGAGCGAGCCUGGGCCUGACUUCCCCGCGCUGCUGGUGGAGACGCUGCUGCGGGAGCACAUGGAGGAGCGGGAGGCCUUGCCCCCAGCGCUGCCGCCCAAGCCGGCCAAGGCGAAGCCCGGGCCCGCGGGCCUGGCCAACGGGGGCGGCCCGGCCUCGCUGCAGGACGCCGAGUGGUAUUGGGGCGACAUCUCCAGGGAGGAGGUGAAUGAGAAGCUCCGGGACACACCCGACGGCACGUUCCUAGUACGGGACGCGUCCAGCAAGAUCCACGGCGAGUACACGCUCACACUCAGGAAGGGUGGCGGCAACAAGCUCAUCAAGGUCUUCCACCGCGAUGGCCACUACGGCUUCUCGGAGCCGCUGGCCUUCGGCUCCGUGGUGGACCUCAUCACCCACUACCGCCAUGAGUCGCUGGCCCAGUAUAACGCCAAGCUGGACACACGGCUGCUCUACCCGGUGUCCAAGUACCAGCAGGACCAAGUGGUCAAGGAGGACAGCGUGGAGGCAGUGGGUGCCCAGUUGAAGGUCUACCACCAGCAGUACCAGGACAAGAGCCGAGAGUAUGACCAGCUAUACGAGGAAUACACACGGACCUCCCAGGAGCUGCAGAUGAAGCGCACGGCGAUCGAAGCCUUCAAUGAGACCAUCAAGAUCUUUGAGGAACAGGGCCAGACUCAGGAGAAAUACAGCAAGGAGUACCUGGAGCACUUCCGGAGGGAAGGCAAUGAGAAGGAGAUGCAGAGGAUCCUCCUCAAUUCAGAAAGGCUCAAAUCUCGCAUCGCUGAGAUUCAUGAGAGCCGCACGAAGCUGGAGCAGGACCUCCGGGCUCAGGCCGCCCAGAACCGCGAGACAGACAAGCGCAUGAACAGCCUCAAGCCGGACCUCAUGCAGCUGCGGAAGAUCCGGGACCAGUACCUCGUGUGGCUGACCCAGAAAGGCGCCCGGCAGAAGAAGAUCAACGAGUCUAUCAAGAAUGAGACAGAGGACCAGUACUCGCUGGUGGAGGACGAGGAGGACCUGCCGCACCACGAGGAGCGCACCUGGUACGUGGGCAGCAUCAACCGCACGCAGGCCGAGGAGAUGCUGAGCGGCAAGCGCGACGGGACCUUCCUCAUCCGGGAGAGCAGCCAGCGAGGCUGCUACGCAUGCUCUGUCGUGGUGGACGGCGACACGAAGCACUGCGUCAUCUACCGCACGGCCACGGGCUUCGGCUUCGCGGAGCCCUACAACCUGUACGCGUCGCUGAAGGAGCUGGUGCUGCACUACCAGCACGCGUCCCUGGUGCAGCACAACGACGCGCUGCCGGUCACGCUGGCCCACCCGGUGCGCGCGCCCGGCCCAGGCCCGCCGCCGCCGCCACACGCCCGCUGAGGACCG